UUGCAUACCAACAAAGGCUGAAGAUAACAUGACAGAUUUUGUUGCAGUGAACACACCAUGAUUGAGACACUGUUAUUCUUGUUCUUGGUUCUGUUAUUGUUCCUCAUUGUCAGGUGCACCGGAAAAACCACCGCCGACGAUCUCCACCUCCCACCAAGCCCUCCAAGCCUCCCUCUGCUAGGGCACCUCCACCUCCUCUCUUCAUCCCUCCACACCUCUCUCCACACCCUCUCCGCCGCCCACGGCCCCCUCCUCCUCCUCCGUCUUGGACCCUCCCGCCGCCUCCUCGUGGUCUCCUCCGCUGAAGUCGCCACCCACAUCUUCAAGACCCACGACCUCGCGUUCUCUUCCCGGCCUCUCUUCGCCUAUGCCGAGAAGCUGCCCUUUGGGCUGGCGGGAUUCGUGACGGCCCCCUACGGCCCGUACUGGCGGUUCGUGAAGAAAGUGUGCAUGAGGGAACUGCUGAGCCCGCGGCAGCUGGAAGGGUCUAAGAAGGUGAGAAAGGAAGAGAUGGAAGGUUGGGUAAAAGGGAUGUUGGAGCAUGUCAGAGAGAAGGGUGGUGCCAUCGAUUUGGGCUCUCAACUCAUGAAACUCACCAACAACAUUACUUGCAGGAUGGCCAUGUCCACCUGUUGUUUGGAGAAAUACGAGGAUGCAGAGAAGAUCAGGCAGCUGGUAAAGGAAUCCUUCGAGCUUGCUGCAAAGUUAUGCUUUGGAGACGUGUUGGGUCCUCUGAAGCAGUUGAGUUUCUGGGUGUAUGGGAAGAAGGCUUUGGAUGUGAGCAAAAGGUACGAUGAGUUGUUGGAGAAGGUGCUGAAGGAGCAUGAACAAAAAAGAUCAUCACGUCAUGCAGAAAACGAAAGGGAUUUGAUGGACAUUCUGCUUGAUGUUCACCACGAUCCUCAUGCAGAGUUCAAGAUCACAAGAACUCAUAUCAAAGCCUUCUUCUUGGAUCUCUUCAUUGCAGGGACAAACACCUCAGCAGAAGGCACGCAAUGGGCGAUGGCUGAGCUGCUGAACCACCCUGAAGCGUUUGAAAAGGUAAGAAAGGAGAUAGAGUUGGUGACCGAGAAUGAAAGGCUAGUUGAGGAGUCAGAUGUUGGAAAAAUGCCAUAUUUGCGAGCAGUUGUGAAGGAAACACUGAGACUCCAUCCACCAGCACCAGUGAUGACAAGAGAGUGUCGGCAACACUGCAAGAUAAAUGGGUUUGACGUGGCACCAAAGACAGCAGUGGCAAUCAAUUUGUAUGCCAUAAUGAGGGACCCUGAUUCCUGGGACAAUCCGAAUGAGUUUGUCCCUGAAAGGUUCUUCUUGCAAGAGGAGGAUGAGAGAAUGAAGUUUAAUUUUGUUCCAUUUGGAGGUGGAAGGAGAGGCUGUCCAGGAACAGAACUUGCUUUCAUCUUCAUAAACACUGAAGUGGCUGCUAUGGUGCAGUGCUUUGAUUGGAAGAUUGGUGAAGAUGGAAAAGGAAAAAAGGUCAAUAUGCAAUCUGGUUCAUCUGGCUUGUCUUUGAGCAUGGCUCAACCCCUUCUCUGUGUUCCAGUACUACAUUUUAAUCCAUAUGUAUAAUGAACAAACUCCAUAGACAAACUUCUGUUAUGCAGCUAUCACUAUAUUUACCAUGCCAUGAGGCUACAUUUUCUAUCUUAUCUUCUUCUGCUAAGUAUUAAAAAUGCAUAAAUAUUGA